AUGAAAAUAGUCUUGUUUAGCCCAAGCUCACAGAUACAAUUUGAAUAUACUCUGGAGAAAAAAAUCAGCACUGCUCAUGAAGACCUACUGAAUUUAGUCCUGGGAGUGCUGCGCUCCUGGAAUGAUCCCCUGAUCCAUCUGGCCUCUGAAGUACAAAGAAUCAAAGAAGCUCCAGACACCAUCCUCUGGAAGGCUGUAGAGAUUGAAGAACAAAACAGGCGGCUCCUAGAAGGAAUGGAGAAGAUAGUUGGGCGGGUUCAUUCUGGGGAGACUGGAAAUGAAAUUUACUCUCAGUGGGAAGGCCUUCCAUCCCUGCAACUCGCUGAUGAGGACUCCAGGCUCUUUGCCUUUUACAACCUGCUGCAUUGCCUCCGCCGAGAUUCCCACAAAAUUGACAACUAUCUCAAGCUUCUGAAGUGCCGCCUAAUCCAUGACAGCAAUUGUUAAGUCCUCCUGGGCCUCAUCACUUACUGAAACCCUUCAUCACGGUGUUCUUGUUGCUUUGUCACUUUUUAUUGCAAACUUGAUGAAAAGUCACACUGUAGAGCAUCAGGAUCAUCGGGAACUUCCAGGCAUGUUUGUGUGGAUUCUGGCUGCAACUGUUAGCGCCAUUUAUCUUGGUGGUUUAAAGUGUUCUAAAUUACUUGUAUGACAGGAAUACACUUUUCUGUCUAAUCUCUUCAGCUAGUAGUAUUUCUGUGAUAAUCAGAUCAUGCAGAUAAAAAUUAAAAUGUUAUUAAAUCCAAA